UUGACCUUAUACGAUGUAUUUUCUAAUGGUUAUACAGUAGAAUAUCUAGAUGUUUUAAGUAUAAUUGCAUUAUUUUUCGGUAUAACUGUUAUAAUUAAUAAAAAUCCUAUAGCAUCUCUUAUGUCUUUAAUAGGAUUAUUUGCAUCUAUUUCUCUUUAUUUAAUAUUAUUAGGAUUAACAUUUAUAGGUUUUUCUUAUUUAAUUGUAUAUAUAGGGGCCGUAUCUAUAUUAUUUUUAUUCAUUUUGAUGUUGAUCAAUAUAAGAACAAGUGAAUUACAAAGCAAUAAUUGAAAUAGUAUUCCUUUAGCAUUAUUUGUAACAAUAUUAUUAAAUUCUGCACUACAGCCGAUAUUGCCUUACUAUAUGGCUAUAAUUAAUAGUUAUAAUAGUAAAAUAAACAAUCUGAUUUAUUACUUAUCCACAAGUAAAUAUAGUGAUAUUGUAGCUAAAGGGGAGGUUAGGUUACCAUUACAUAUAAAUAAAAAUCUAGAUCUAGACACAGCUAAUGUUAUGUUUGUUACUAGUAAUAACUGAGAUGGUAAUAUGACAGAAACAAGUCAUAUGUCUACAAUAGGAAAUAUAUUAUAUACUUCUUAUAAUAUAUGAUUGUUUAUUGCUAGUAUUAUCUUAUUAUUAGCGAUGACAGGGGCCAUAAUAAUAACGAUAAAACAAGAUACAGAUAAGCAAUAA